AUGUCCAUCAAUUCACCGUUCGUCUGCUCUCUUAGUCUUGUUACCAAGACAUCCCAAUAUGCUUCGCCUCGAGAUACUCACCCCGAUUGGUUAGUACGUAUACUUGUACUCCUUCAACUUCCAUUUGAUCAGAAUCCCGUUUCUGAACAGGGUAACAUCGACAGAUUAAGUGCAUCUGAGACAAGUGAUUCUCUAAGUGCUGCCAUGCCGAUUAAUAUCGGCGGCCAAAUCCGCUCUCGCAUGAUGCCUUCAUUCGGUUUGGACAGUUCGCAGCUUUCUGGAAAGAAUACUUUUGAUGAAAACGAAGGCGGGAGCCAUGCAAAUCGUGUUACCAGUAGUUCUCAGUCUGGCCGACAUCAUUGGCACUGUCUUGUAGAGCCCAAAGAGCCAAGUUCCUCGGCCGGGGAUAUAAUAGGUCAGGCAAGAGAAAAUGUUCUAUUCUCGAUAUUCCUCUCUCCGCUUACACGUCUCCGCAUUGAUGUCCGUUUGCAGUCUGGUCUCGGAGUCUUAAAAGUAUCUGGUUCUGCCAGGUCAGAUUUGAAUGCCUCUGAUAAAAGCGUCACUGACACUCCUCACAAGUCUAAUUCCAUGAUGCAGAGCGCCGAUUCAUCUGCAGACCCAAUUCAUUUGGCUUCUAGAGAACUUCUUCUCAUCCCAGAGUUCCAUGUUAUCAUGCCUUCAGUUGGAGUCCUCGGGCCAUUUAUCUCCGUUUAUGGAGAUCCAGGUAGUAAUUUUUGUUCCACGAAUAUGAUUUUUUUGGUUUUAUCAUUUUUAGCCUCAUUUUUCCCAUUUUCCUUGAUGUUUUAA